CAACGCUCCGCGCACGCAGCCGCCAACAUCGCCAUGGAGGACGACAAGACACAGCCGCCGCCGCCGCCUGCACUCGCCGGAGAGAAGCACAAGAGGGAGGAGGGUUCGCCGGAUGCGCCCACCGAAGAAGGACCAGCCGCCGUAGCUGGUGGGGAGGAUACGGCCAGCAGCGGCGGCGGCCGUCACCCGAUGUGGAAGACGAGCCUGUGCUCCUACUUCCGCCGCCGUGGCGCCGGCGCCGACGGGUGCAGCCACGGGGAGUCCUGCCGGUACGCGCACUCCGAGGAGGAGCUCCGGCAGCGGCCAGAGGGGACCUGGGAUCCCACCUCCGACCGCGCCAAGAAGCUCCGCAAGGUCACCGCGGAGGCUGAGGAGGAGGCCGAGGAGGAGGUGACGGUGGAUGAGCAGUCGCUGGACAAGUGUCUCGUCGGGCUCCCUAGGGGAUGGAUGGCCGAUAGGCUCAAGACCUUCCUCCAAGACCAGGGAAUCUCGUAUGCGACAGCAAAGAAGAAGAAGGGAAUGACAGUUGGUUUUGUGACUUUUGAAAGUAUCGAACAACUGAAAAAUGCUGUUCAGGUCCUUAAGGAGAACCCUUCUUGCGGAAAGGAAAUAAAGAUAGUAGAUGCCAAUCGUAGGUCUCAUCAGAAAGUGCAUGUUAGAAGGCCUGUAUCCGAUAAUGGAAUGGCAAUUGAAAAUGGUAGUAGUCCUGCUACUCCUGCCGGGGAAACAUCUGCACCUGAAGCGGCUGGAUCAAGUAAAAAAAGUGCCCGUGAUGCUGUUACUCCCCUUGCCCAUAUGCCUUACAAUGAUCAGCUAGAACAUAAAAAACAUUCAAUGGCACAGAUACUGAAGAGACUUACUCGCAAUGCUAGGAAGGCUUGCCCACCUGCCAUUCCCCUUCCUAAUUGGAUCUUUAAAUCAAAGGAAAUCGGUGGUCUUCCUUGCAAACUUGAAGGCAUUCUGGAAUCCCCAGUUGUUAAUGGAUACCGUAACAAGUGUGAGUUCUCUGUAGGAUAUUCCUUGGAGGGCAAAAAGACGGUAGGAUUUAUGCUUGGAAAUUUCAGGGAAGGUGUGACUGCUGUUGAGGAACCUGUGAACUGCCCAAAUGUCUCAGGAAUUUCCUGCAAAUAUGCUCUGAUGUUCCAAGAUUUUCUGCAGUCAUCAAGCCUGCCUUUGUGGAGCAGAAUUGAUAAUUGUGGGUUUUGGCGCCAAUUCACAGUUCGUGAGGGAAGGAGUCCAGCUCAAGCUGUUGUUUCACAGAAUGCAGAAUCACAAAUAUCAGAAGUCAUGCUUAUUGUGCAGGUGUGUUCAACAGGUGUUGAUGAGGUUCUAAUGAAAGAAGAGUUUGACAAGCUGUCCGCUGCCCUGCUACAAGGAGCAGCAAUAUGCUCACCUCCAUUUCCGCUGACAGCUAUUGUAGUGCAAGAUCAUAAAGGAAUAUCAAAUGCUGCAUCUGCUGAUUGUCCACUGAUCCCACUAUUGGUGGUGCCAAAGGGAGAUAAGUUGGAAGACGGAGCAGAGGAUAAAACAAGAAUUCAUGAUCACAUCAGCAAUUUAAAAUUCUCCAUAUCACCGACAGCUUUUUUUCAGGUUAAUACUCUUGCUGCAGAAAGAUUGUAUACCCUUGCUGGUGAUUGGGCCAAUCUCAAUUCAGACACAUUACUUUUUGACGUAUGUUGUGGGACUGGAACUAUUGGCCUGACCUUGGCACACCGCGUUGGAAUGGUUGUUGGGAUUGAAAUGAAUGAAUCGGCAGUUUCAGAUGCUCACAGAAAUGCUCUUAUUAACGGCAUAAAAAAUUGCCGCUUUGUCUGUGGGAAGGCCGAAGAUGUGAUGGGGUCCCUUCUAACAGAAUAUCUUGGUUCACCACAGCAGCACAUUGCAGCUUCUGAAAGUAAUUCAGAAAUCAAUGAUGCAAGCAAAAAUGAGGAUAUAGUUGAUUCCUCAGAGAACAAUGGUGAAAAUAUGGAUAGUUCAACACAGAAAAGUGACAAUGGUGAAAGUCAGCAGCCUAGGGGCAUGUCGGUUGACCAUCCCACUUGUGCCAUUGAUGAGGAAAUAAAGGGAAAUUCGGUGGAUAGGGUUAACAUGGAGGCUGAUUGCAUUCAUGAUGAAUACAAUGAGGCUACUGGUGAACAGAAGUGUGGGGAAGCAUCGUUGAUCAAUGAUGAAUCCAUUGAUGCAACAUCAGCUGAUAAUUUGGAGCAUGGCAAGACAUGCCAGGAUGGUUCUUCCAUUCCAAACAACGAUGUGCUUGCUGCUACUGCAUGCCAAUUCAAGAAUGUUGUUGCUAUUGUAGACCCUCCACGUGUUGGCCUUCACCCUACUGUGAUCAAGGCAUUGAGGACUCAUCCACGAAUUCGACAUCUAGUGUACAUUUCCUGCAAUCCAGAUAGUCUAGUCGCCAAUGCAAUUGAGCUCUGCACCCCGACAUCUGAGAAACAAGAAAAGAACAAAGGCAACCGAGGAUGGCGAUCUAUGAGCAGUGCCGGUCUUGCUAGGCAGAGGACAAAGUCGAUGCCCAACUCUGAGCCUUUUGUUCCAAAGAGGGCGAUGGCCGUCGAUCUGUUUCCUCACACCUCGCAUUGCGAGAUGGUUAUGCUUUUUGAGAGGUGAUCGAAGUAUCUAUAAAAGGCAGUGUCCAUCAAAUUCUUCUUAGAGAUUUUGACCAUUGUCGAGGAUCAUAUCAAUUUUCCUCGGUUUGGUCCUUAUGUUGUAACAUCUAUUUGAUCCAGAAGCCAUGACAGUUGGUUGUUGCUGUUUGAGAUUUGUGCUAUUUUGAUAGGAUUGGCUACUUUAGCGCUGGUAUUAUUAUCACACAUUUCAUUUU